UGCUCCGCCUCCGCCCUUCAGUUGCGGGUUGGUGGGUCUGAGUCACGUGGGCGCGCCUCGCCUUUUCUUCGCUGCUGGGGACCCGCCUGGUGGCAGAUAUCCGGUGCUGUGAGUCUGAGAUGACGGAAACCGGCGCCUCUCCGGAGGACCCCUGGGUCAAGGUGGAGUAUGCCUACAGUGACAACAGUCUGGACCCCGGGCUUUUUAUAGAAAGCACCCACAAGGGAAGUGUAGUGUCCAGAGCUAAUAGCAUCGGUUCCACCAGUGCCUUUUCUGUCCCCAACACCGAUGACGAAGACAGUGAUUACCACCAGGAGUCCUACAAGGAGUCCUACAAGGACCGGCGGCGGCGAGCACACACUCAGGCUGAACAAAAGAGGAGGGAUGCCAUCAAGAGAGGCUAUGACGAUCUUCAGACCAUCGUCCCCACCUGCCAGCAGCAGGACUUCUCCAUUGGCUCCCAAAAGCUCAGCAAAGCCAUCGUUCUACAGAAGACCAUUGACUACAUCCAGUUUUUGCACAAGGAGAAGAAAAAGCAGGAGGAGGAGGUGUCCACUCUACGCAAGGACGUCAUGGCCCUAAAGAUCAUGAAAGUGAACUACGAGCAGAUUGUGAAGGCACACCAGGACAACCCCCAUGAGGGGGAGGACCAGGUCUCUGACCAGGUGAAGUUCAACGUGUUUCAAGGCAUCAUGGACUCCCUAUUCCAGUCCUUCAAUGCCUCCAUCUCCAUGGCCAGCUUUCAGGAGCUGUCGGCCUGUGUCUUCAGCUGGAUUGAGGAGCACUGUAAGCCUCAGACCCUACGGGAGAUCGUGAUCGGCGUCCUGCACCAACUGAAGAACCAGCUUUACUGACUGGCUGUAGGCACCUGCAGAACAGCCAACAAGAGGCCUUGAGUCUUCUGCUCGGCCAGAGCUGCUAGGCUCGUGAGAUUGGACCAUCCGCCAGUCAGCUGGUUUCUCCUUGGUUUGGCCCCCUCAUCCUCCGGAGGGCUGGGGUAUUUGUUUUGUGAAAGCUCCUGAUUAAUUUAUUAUAUUGACCAUAGAGCUCGAAUCUACCCAGUCUUCCCCCUGCUCCCCACAGAAGUCUUUGGGAUAGGGGCCUCUCUGGGACCCCAGAGAGCUUCUGGCCUCUCCCCUUUUUUGUAAGCCUCAGAUUUUGGCUCUUGAUCUACACAUAUUGGGAAACUACUGUUUGUCUCUGUUUUGGUCUCCUAUGCAACAAUUGACCCAAGUUUGGCCUUUUGGUAGUAGUUGGACGAGAGGAAAAAAGUAAAAGGAAAUACUCCCAGCGCCAUGAAGGGUGAAAGGCCUCCUCGUGCCUAAGCUAGAGCUGUCUGUCAGCCCAAGGUGAAGCCAGGGCUUUCUGGCCGGCUCAGGGCAGGGCUGCCAGGUUCCUGCCCUCACCUCCCACUCUAUCACCUCCCUCCUCCCCACUCUGGGUAGUACAGUGAGACAACCUCUCCACCUGCUCCUGCCCUCUCUGUCCCCACAGGCAGUAGCACUACACAACAGACAAGAGGGACACAGCACCACAUGUUAAAGUUUUUAUUUUUCUAAAUACCAACAAUACAGUUUUGCUAAAGUUACAAUUUUAGAAAAUUAACUGGUCCUCAAAACUACUCCCAGUCUUCCUGUCAGAUGUAUCUGGGUCGCUACCAUCUGAGUGCUGCCUACAUUUGUCCCAGGACUUGGGGGAGGGGUGAAAGGGUGAAGGCCACCUGGGAUAUAGAGCCCAGGAGAGUCUGGGGUGGCCCUGGGCACCUUGAAUGCUGUGUAUAAUAGCCUCUCUGUCCCCCUGUCCCCCAGGCUCCCUUUUGCCUUCCUCAGGUUUGAUGUCUGGAAGGUUUGAUUAUCCAGAGGAAAUUAAAUAUUUUUGUAUCAAAUUAUAUUACAAUAAAUAUUGGCAAAUGGUUUCCUUU